AUCAUCCUCUCAGCUUCAAUUUCCUCUCUCCCUCGAGAGAGAGUCUCUUCAUCCAAAUUCCCCGAUUUCCACUCGUUGAUUCUUUCAGUCACGUCGUCUCCGAUCUAGGUCUCUUCAGAGUCUUAACUCUGACCCGACCCGACCCAAUUCACUAAUGGGGGAACCAAAGGUCCCUACCGACGACGGUUCAAAUCCCGGCGAACCGUGUAAAAUCUCGCCGGAGGUAUUGACUUCUGGUGAUCGGAAAUCACUCAAGGUUGAACUUAUUCUAGAGGAGACGAAUAUCAUAUCGUGGAAGAAGCUUAUGAAUGAGGCUACCAAGGACAACGGCUUGUUUCCUCCGUCUCCCGAACCGUCUCUCAAUGCUAACCCUAACUUCGAGUUUCGCCUGGCACGGAAGGCACCAACAGAAAAUGAAAUGGCUGACCAACCUCAGUCUCAUCGCUAUAACACCGUUAUACAGAAGAUUGAGAGGCUCUACAUGGGCAAAGAUAGUAGUGAUGGGGAAGAGCUAUAUGGUGCCCCAGAUGAUGACGAGUAUGACACUGAAGAUUCAUUUAUUGAUGACGCUGAAUUGGAUGAUUAUUUUGAAGUUGAUAAUUCGCCAAUUAAGCAUGAUGGAUAUUUUGUCAAUAGAGGAAAAUUAGAACGGAUUGAACCGUCAACAACAUCAAACCAGCAACCAAAGAAAAGGCAAAGGAAAAAGGCAGCAAAACCUUGCGGCGAUGUUGUUAAUGUAUCCAGAAAACAAGCCAAGAUAGCUAAGACGGCUGGGGGAAAGGACCAAUCAGCUGCUCCUGAGACCAAUGGUUCAAUGAAAGCGCAAAAUGGCAACGAUUCCUUAGUUUUGGAGAAUGUGAAGCAUACUGAUAAAGCGAAUCAUCAGCCAAGGAAUGCCACAAGUCCGAAGUCAAAGAUAGAUGGAUCUUCUGAACCCCUUUAUCCAAAAUGCAGCAGCAAAAGUCCUCAUCAACAAUCUAAUUCCCAUCCUGAAAAAUCUCGGCCAAACGAUUCAGCAAAAACAACAUUAGUUUUUCAGCAAGAAAACAGUGGCAUGCAUGAACUGGACGUUGCAACAGUAUGCAAAAAAUCUGCUCCAAUAACUAAAAAAGGUGGUUCGAAUGUUAGGCCUAAUUCCUCGACACUUGAGAAAGCUAUCAGGGAAUUGGAGAAGGUGGUCGCUGAAUCAAGGCCUCCUGCUGCCACAGAGAAUCAAGACGUUGAUGUCUCAUCCCAAGCAGUGAAGAGGAGAUUGCCAACUGAUGUAAAAUUGAAGCUUGCUAAAGUUGCUAGAAUCGCGCAGGACAGCCAAGGGAAUUUAUCAGGAGAGUUAAUCAAUCGUCUCAUGGGCAUUGUUGGUCAUCUGAUACAGAUUAGAUCACUUAAGAGGAACUUGAAAAUCAUGAUUGAUUCGGGUGACAUUGCAAAUCGAGAAAAAGAUGCUAGAUUUCAACGGAUCAAGAAUGAAGUUAUCGAGAUGCUAAAUACACAAGUUCCAUUAUUCGAAUCCCAGGCAACCAAUCAGGAAGCUGGAACAUCAGAUGAUUUUCCGGAUGUUGGCUCUGUUGGAAAGCCACCUUUUAAGAAGUUUGUCAUGGAUGCGGCGCUGGAGGGAAAAUUGUGUGAUUUAUAUGAUAUCUUUGUUCAGGGUUUGGAUGAAGAUUCAGGUCCACAGAUCAGAAAGCUUUAUGCAAAUCUAGCUCAACUCUGGCCAAAUAAGUUGAUGGACAAUCAUGAGAUCAGGCGUGCCAUUUGUCGGGAAAAGGAAAGGCGAAGAGCAUUGAAAGGAAACCCUUUGAAAGAGAUGGAUCAAACGAAGACGACAAAUGGGAAACAGACACAACUAGUUCCAAAAUUAGAGGGUACUACUUAUCCCGACAAGGCUUUAGGUGUUGUUCUAAGUAAGCCCACCACAUCCUUAGUCCAGAGGCAACCUGACAAGUCAAAGCAGCAACAGGAGAAACUAAAGGGAGCUUCGGGCAACCCUGCAGCAAAAGGAAAGACAGUGAGAAGAAAGAAAGAAAGAGGUCUAAAAGAAUCUCACUUGCCCGCAGAGAAACCUCUCGUUCUAGGCUUAAAGCAGCAGACACAUCCACAGGCCAAGGCACAGACACAGGCUCCUCCAGACCUGAACCUGCCAAGUUAAAUACUCCGGUAGUUUCUGUAAGGCUUUUUUUUUGGUGUCAAAGUCUGGCCUUCUAGCAUUGCCUUUAUUUUUUGGGGUAAAAGUCUGGCUCUAGCGUUGCUUUUAUUCUUCUUAGCUUACUGUUGCUUCUAUUUUUUGCGACUAGUUAUGAUUCUCUAGUCGUUCCUUACGUAUAAGACGAAGUCCUCUCUCCACUGUACAGAUUAAAGAUUUGAAGAGAAGCUUUGUUUUGAUGGAA